AUGGGCUACCCGCUGAGCAGCACGCCCUCAGGGGAGUGGAGGCUGCAGACAUACUUUGCACCUGUCAGGAGCUCUCCGUGGAGAAAUGGAGGUUCAUUCUUGGAAGAGGGGGGACCCAGAGAGAAGUGGCCAAAGCAUCUACUUACCCUUGGAGCCUCCAGCUCCAACUCGCCCCGUCACAGUCUCAGGACAGCCUGCCCCGGCUCAACAAACGUGCGGCUGCACCCCCUCCAGGGUGCUGGCCACAGAGAGAUGCGUGACCCCAAGGCCUAG